GUCAAGCCCUUGGUGAGGAGAGUGAUAGCCGGCGCUCUAGUGAUGGUGCUGACAAGCGCGGCCAUAAACCAGGUGGCCGCUUUCGCUCAGUACGGCGUGACGAGCUUGGUGGCGCUGGCGAUGUCGGGAAUGGGUGACGAAGACGUCUACGACGACUGGAGCGUAUUCGAGGCCGAGAUGUCGCAGCCGUCAUUCAUUGCGCCACCGACGCCGUCGACGAACGCCACCUGCCCCGCACUCGAGGACGGCCUGUCCGGACAGGAUGCCGCCUUCAAAUCUUUGCUGGUCAAGCUCGCGUUGCUGCUGACCGAGCUGGUGAGUGCGAGUCUGGUGAUGGCCCUCAGGAGCCGCUUUGUUCCCAGCUACGAGCGCCUUCAGCAGCUGGCCACGUCACUCCUCUGAUGGCGCUGCAUGUGGGCCCGGUCUCAUGCUGCCGGCUUAUCUACUGCUUCCUUAUCGGCUACUUCGUCCUUUCGCAUGCUUCUUAUCCACCUGCCUGCUGCAACGUCGGAGACCCGUUGCUUCCUUUGACGUCGAGACGAUGCACGUGCGCCAACCUCCUGCUGCUGUCUUAUCUACUGUCUCAUUAUCAGUUUCUUCGUCAUUCUCCGCCUUCGCCUGCUUAUCUUCUUGCCUCGCCUCGCAGCGCCUAAGCUUCAGUUUCGAAGACUCGUUGGCUACUUUGCCGCUGAGGCAACGCAUGUGGGUGUGUGCACCACGAAUGGAUUGUGCAUUUCGCAUCGUAGUUCCUCGAGUGUAGCGGAAGAACUGAACCGAGUUUGAGUGACCCGUAUCGCAUAGCUGCCAUGGGGUCAAAGAACAUCGAGCGUUGAAGGAAGCGACGUCAUGGGAUAUCCCUGGCGUAUCGCAGUCUGGCAAAAAAAGAAAAAAAAAUAUGCGGAACUUUUUCUAGUUUUGUGUAGCCGUUUGUCAACUCUUUUAGUAAAAUAUGGAUACCAAAAUAGUUCGCUUUUUGUUUUUCCCGACACCAGAUUUAAAAUACU